AUGCGACCCCCUUCGCUCGCAAGCUCCCUCCUCUACGCCUCUAUCCUCGCCUCGUCAUCACUACCAUGGCUUGCCUCGGCCUUUUCCAAUUACUCAGAUUCCUCCCUGCUUCUCUCAUCACGCGUACUCCUUCAGGACGAUCGUCCGAAAGACUGCCCUCCGUGCUUUAACUGCGAGCUCGAAGCCUUCCAGUGCCACCAGUUCGCAGCCUGCAAUAAAUACAACGGGAAAUGCGAUUGUCCUGCCGGAUUUGGAGGGGAUGAUUGCACCCUCCCUCUCUGCGGCUCCUUGCCGGAUGGGAAAGAGAGAGCACCCCGGAAAGGAAAAUACUGCAAUUGUACAGAGGGUUGGGAGGGUGUCAACUGCAAUGUUUGCAAAACGGACAAUGUCUGCAAUUCUAUGAUGCCGGAGGGCGAGGGAGGCGUAUGCUACAAGGAUGGCGUUACCCAGAAGGAGAAUUAUCAGAUGUGCGCGGUGACUAAUCGCAAAAUUGUUGAUAUGCUUGGUGAUCAGAAACCGGAGGUUACAUUUUCUUGUAAAGAGUCGGACCACAAGUGCAAUUUUCAGUUCUGGGUUGACCAAGUUGAAUCGUUCUACUGCAAUUUGGAUACCUGCAAAUGGGGUAUGGAGAGUACAUACUCCCAGAACAAGACGACUUAUACCUGUGAGAACAAGGAUGCACUUGACCUGAGCGACUUUUUGAAGGAGGAGAUUAAGGGACCAGCUACUUUUACGUCUACGUCAACUCUCGGAGGUAGUAGCGAGGAUGGAAGCCGAUUCUCAGAGCCAGUUAUGAAUGACAUGAUCAAGAAUAUCUUUGGCGACCCGGCUAUCUUUUUAGCAUGCCGGUCGGGAGAGUGUUUGUAUAAGACUGAUCUUCCAGGCUAUAAACCACCGGUGAAAGUUAUCAAUACUCCGCUCAUUUCGGGAGUAAUCGCGAGUUGCUCGCUUUUCAUUGUGGCCGUUAUCAUGGGCGUAUGGUAUCUGUCUAGACGCUCGGCCUACCGUGAUUAUAUUUCCUUACCGCUCGAUGACUCCGAUGAUGAAGGUGCGAAACUCAUGGUCGACCACAAACCCGCCUCGCUACACUUUGAAAACGUUGCCUACUAUCUUAACGGGAGGCAAAUCCUUUCAGGAAUUCAAGGUUCUGCUCAUCCAGGCCAACUUAUGGCCAUUAUGGGAGCCUCUGGUGCAGGAAAGACAACAUUCUUGGAUAUUCUUGCCAGAAAGAACAAACGUGGCACGGUGGAAGGUGUCUUUUAUGUGAAUGGAGAGAAGGUCGAUGACGAUGAAUAUCGUAGUGUCAUAGGGUUUGUUGAUCAGGAGGACACGAUGUUACCGACUCUCACAGUCCAUGAGACAAUUUUUACCAGCGCUUUACUCAGGUUGCCCCGGAAUAUGAGUAGGGCUGCAAAGGAGCAGAAAGUUUUUGAAGUCGAGAAACAGCUUGGGAUCUAUCAUAUUAAAGAUCAGAUAAUCGGAUCUGAGGAGGGAAGGGGGCGCGGUAUCUCUGGCGGGGAAAAGAGACGUGUUGGUAUAGCAUGCGAACUUGUGACGAGCCCUAGCAUUUUGUUCCUGGAUGAACCUACUAGUGGCCUGGAUGCUUUCAAUGCGUUCAAUGUUGUUGAGUGCUUGGUGACCUUGGCUAAAAAUUUCAACCGCACCGUCAUCUUUACAAUCCACCAGCCCCGCUCGAAUAUUGUGGCAUUAUUCGAUCAAUUAAUCUUACUGGCUGAGGGCAAAACCGUUUACUCUGGCCCAUUCGCUAGCUGCCAACCAUAUUUCGACCAUAUCGGAUAUUCGUGUCCCUCUGGCUUUAAUAUCGCAGAUUAUCUUGUUGAUCUGACCAUGCAUGCUAGUAACACUCACUCACGGUAUGAAGAUGAAAUUCAUCUGGAUGUCAACCACGAUGCUGCAAGAACCGCGACUAGCAGCUUACGAGCGGUUAAAUCUAUCGCGAGUGUGUCGAACGCUUCCGUGGACAAUAGCAGCUCGGACAGACCUAACGAAUCGGGAUUCCGUCCAAUCAGUAAACGUAAGGAGUCACUCAAACAACGACAGGACAAGCAGCUCUAUACAAGGAGGAGGGCUGCUGAAGUGGGUACGCCCUCUACUUUACGCACUGAGGAUGAAGAACACAUAGUCGGUAGUCUUUCUGGGAACGGCCAACAUCGAUCACGCCAACCAAACAAUGUUACUUUGCGAGUUAUCGAUGACCCAGAUCAACCUCCUCCGUCUUCAGCGGGAUUCGGCACCGACCUUGAUCAUCUAGUCUCCAGCUACAUCGAAUCAAAUGUCGCAGCAUCAGUGCGUGACGAAAUCAAUGCCGCCGUCAACAUGGCCGCAGAAGCAAACGGAUUUACGAGCUCGGGACUGGAAGCAAACGGGUCCUUAAAUAAAUCAAUGACUGGCUAUGCUAAAGUUGGCCUUUACAGGCAAUUCACCAUCCUUUCCCAGCGGACAUGGCGCAAUCUAUAUCGCAACCCCAUGCUCAUGCUCACCCACUAUGCAAUCGCUAUCGUGCUCGCGGUGCUCUCCGGCUUUCUCUUCUACGGACUAACAGACGACAUAAAGGGUUUCCAAAAUAGACUAGGCCUAUUCUUUUUCCUCCUCGCCCUCUUCGGCUUCAGCACCCUAACUAGCCUAAACGUCUUCUCAACCGAACGAUUACUCUUCGUCCGCGAACGUGCUAACGGAUAUUAUUCACCAAUAACCUAUUUUGCUUCAAAGGUCGCCUUCGACAUCGUCCCGUUACGCCUUAUCCCACCAAUCCUCAUGGGCAUCAUCGUAUACCCGAUGGUUGGGCUGAUCCCCGCGUGGCCCGAAUUCCUCAGAUUUAUGCUCAUUCUCCUACUGUUCAACCUCGCUGCAGCUUGCAUCUGCCUGACUAUCGGCAUCGUCUUCAAAGACAGCAGUGUCGCAAAUCUGAUGGGCAGCUUGGUGAUGCUAUUCAGUCUCCUGUUUGCUGGCCUCCUUCUCAACCGCGAUGCAAUUCCGAAAUCUGCACUUUGGCUUCAAGUGCUCUCCAUAUUCCACUACGGCUUCGAAGGCCUAAUCGUCAACGAAGUAACAUACCUCACUCUCAUCGACCACAAAUACGGUCUUGACAUCGAAGUCCCCGGCGCCUCGAUACUGAGCGCGUUCGGCUUCAAUACCCUGGGUCUGUGGCACGAUGUUAUUGGCCUUGGCAUAUUCUCUGGCGUUUUCAUCGUUAUUGCAUAUGCCGCUAUGCACUUUUUACUUGUUGAGAAGAGGUAGAAAAUCCAUAUAAACAUAUGGAUGGUUGUCUGAAUGAGUGAGUGAGCGAGGGGAUGCGUGUGCAUCAACCAAAUCAGAUGGGGCAAGCUCUCAAUUUUUUUGGGUCUCCUUUGUUUAUAAAUAUAUAUAUAUAUAUAUAUACUCUUCUUCUGUUUCUUC